GAUAUGAACUUGAUUCUACUAAAGAACUACAUACAAGAUCAGUGCACAUUAUUUAAAAAAAAUGCAGAUUUGGUGAUAUAUUAGCAACAAGCAUGACCCCACAUUUGAGGUUGACCAUUUAUAGUAGAUGGUUUGCUAUUAAAAACAAUGCUUCUUCAGUAAGGAGAUGGAUAGAAUGGAAGUUAUUCCUCUUCAAUGUGACAGUGAAGAGCCUGUUCUACACAGAGCUCAUGUCACCAUCAUUUGCUGCAGAAGUUCUGCUGGAGCCCAUAGUAUGGGUGGUUGACCACUUUACCCACAUUCUAGGUCCUAUAUUAAUUGCUGGUGUGAUCAUUCUGACUGGCAGUGUGGUUUUCGUCGUAUAUUGGCUGGGCCUGCCUUUUUACCGUGACAACAGGCCCUACAUGUACGCAGUGCUGAUGCCCUAUGGUCACUGGCUUUUUCUUAAUGUUGUCUUUCACUUCUACAUGGCUUGUAGAACACCUCCAGGAGCUGUGCAAAAAGACUGCUUCAUCACAGAGGCGGUGACAGUGUGUAAGAAAUGUAUAGCACCCAAGCCACCCAGGACACACCAUUGUUCAGUGUGCAACAAAUGUGUGCUGAAGAUGGACCAUCACUGCCCAUGGAUCAACAACUGCGUGGGGCAUUUCAAUCACCGCUAUUUCUUCCUGUACAUGGUUUACAUGCUGCUAGGCUGUCUCUUCAUCAUGAUGUUUGGUGCUGAGAUUGCCUACCGAGAGAUCUGGCUCGGCGGGAGCGGUGGCCCUGCUUUACGAGACUCAUUCUACACAUGGUGCGGUCUCAGCGACGACACUGCCAGCAUCUCCAUCCACGCGGAAGAAGCUGACACCCCUGAUGCUGAGGAGGCUGUGGCUAAGAAGAGACAAGAACGCUACUGGCUACGCUUUGCCAUCACCUACGCUGGCCUCCUCACCGUUGGAUGCUUCGCGUCACUGGGGGCACUGGCGGCGUGGCAUGCGCGGCUCAUCGGGCGCGGCGAGACGAGCGUCGAGCAGCACAUCAACGGCAAGGAGCGCAAGCGUCUUGCUGCGCUCGGACAGGCUUACAAGAAUCCUUACGACUUUGGCCCGCGCCUCAACUGGCAGCUGUUCCUUGGUACGCAGCCUGGCAGCGGACGCAACUUUUUCCGUCACGUACUGAUGCCGUCGUGCCACGCCCCUCUUGGCACGGGCCUGACAUGGACGACUUGUUACCACGACCAGCGGUGUCCUGGAGGCCACUUUGGCGGCCAUCAGAGUGCGCAUCCCAAUAGCCUUCCUGAAGGGCAUGCGCGACGCGACAAUGAAUAUUCAUAUCACCCGGAAUCUGGUAGCAUGAAUUCGCUACCAGCUAAUGUAGGAGAUUUGGAUUAUUAUAAGGAAAGCCUGGACAGAUCUCAGAGUUCAUACCAGGUCAAGAACUCUGGUGCGCAAUGUCAAUUCGAUGUUGAAUAUUCGCGUCAGCUUGAUUCUAGUAGAGCAUAUAAAUCUUCAAAUAAUAUAAGACAUGUUGCCGUUGAAAGUGGAAGUGGGAAUGCACAUGAUUUGAUUCAGCAAGACAACUUAACUGGGGAUGAACAAGACAAGUCUUUGCCUGGUCUAGACAGUUCUUGUACGAGAAUGUCCGCACUAGAUCGUGCAAUGAGUUCGCCGGAAGUACAAAAUAAUAUUAAGGACUCAGUCUUGUUAGCAGAAUCGAAUUUCGACUUGAACUCAGACUUUCUUAACCUUCCUGUUCCUUCUAGUCAUAUUGCGUUGACUACGCGUGAAUUAUUUCCAAGCAAACGUCAAACUUGCGAUGAUCUUGCAUCUCAGGAUAACGACAACGAUACUCAUGAUCAUUAUAAGAUUGCAUGACAUCGAUAACUCCCGUUACAGGUUCUAUCAUGUGUUGUUUUAGUCAACAAUAUGUAAUAAAGCAUGUCUUGGUGAGAUCUCAGUUACUUCUUUUUGUAAUUUAUUCACAGCGUAUGCGAUGUAUAGUAUUGAAAAAUAAUAG